AGAACUCUGGGAAAUGGGACGAAGGUUCCUCGUCUUCAAUCAAAACAGGACUUGAAAUGAUUGAUUCUUUUGAGUUUCCAGCCAAAUGACUUCAAAUUUUGAAUACAAAUGAUUGCUUAACUGCACAAAUGACUUGGCAGUGUUGAGAAACUCUUGCAAUAUGGCUGCCAAGCAAGUAGAAGGAUACAAAGUUACMACUCAUGUCCAUUUUGUUUGUCAACGGUGCAACCAGCCACUGAACAUCGAUCCAAAUCUUUCUUCUCUUGAUUCAGAUGCUUUAGCAGAAUUAACAGAUCCUUUGCCCUCUUUUCCCCAAAAGAAAGAAACAACAGAAACAGAACAGAAUGCAGCAUUUAGUGAAAAUGUCAUUGAAUCAUCUGAGAAAACCAGAACAAGUGAUGAUCAAAAUGSUAUGGUUAUCAGAAGGACAAUUGUUCCUGAAAGAAUGCAUUCAGUAGAAGGAAAUGGGUUUACUYUGAUUGGAGAUACACAAGCAAUGCCAUCAGAUAGCUUCAGCCAUAAACUCAAAGUUACUACAAAGCUCUUUGAUGUAAUGUCAGGACAAACAGACAUUGACCAUCCACUUUGUGAAGAAUGUACAGACACAUUGCUCGAUCAACUUGAUCAACAAUUAAGAACCACUGAAGAUGAACUCAAAGAUUAUAAAGAGUUUUUACACAAACUUAAUGAAAAAAAUCUUGCAGGUGAUGAGUCACUCAGCAAGGAGCUUGCUGAUCUAGAAAUUGAGGAGAAAGAAUUGAUUGUAAAGCUCGAAGAAGUGGAAGAUGAACGCAAAAAAGUAUCUGAAGCUUUGGAGAAAGAAAAGCAAACAUCAAAAGAGCUUGACGAGGCAGAGAAAGCCUAUUAUAUAGAAUACUGUGAACUACAAAGAGAAUUGUUAGAAUUUGAAGAUGAACAACAAAGUGUUGAGAAUCAAUUACGCUAUGCACAAGCCCAGCUAGACAAGCUAAGAAAGACAAAUGUCUUUAACAGUACUUUUCACAUUUGGCACAAAGGACAUUUUGGAACUAUCAACAAUUUUAGACUUGGUCGACUACCUAGUGUUCCUGUUGAAUGGAGUGAAAUCAAUGCAGCUUGGGGUCAAACAGUUUUGCUACUUCACUCUCUUGCUCGUAAAAUGAACCUUACUUUUGAGAGGUAUCGACUUGUUCCAUUUGGAAAUCAUUCUUACUUGGAAUCUCUCUCUGACAAGUCCAAGGAAUUACCAUUAUAUGGAUCAGGAGGAUUUCGUUUUUUCUGGGACACAAAAUUUGACCAUGCUAUGGUUGCUUUUCUUGAUUGUCUACAGCAGUUCAAGGAAGCAGUUGAGAAAGUAGAUAAGCGGUUCUGUUUGCCAUACAGAAUGGAAAAAGGAAAAAUAUACGAUUCAAGUGGAAGUGGUGGAGCGUUUUCAAUAAAAAUCCAGUUCAAUUCUGAAGAGCAGUGGACAAAAGCACUUAAGUUUAUGCUUACGAACUUAAAAUGGGGUCUCGCUUGGGUUUCUUCACAAUUUACUGAUAAUUAGUUUUGUACUURUAUAAAUGCUUGAGAUCUGCGAAGAUCUAAGAUAAUGUACUAGUCAUCUUUUGUAUACAAGAUUCACGUCUUGGGUUUCCUGCGGUUUGAUUGACMGCGAGGGAAUGAAACUUUUGCACCUAACUUCAGAUGCGAUUUUAGGAACUCUUCUUAUGUAUAUAAGAAUUAUAUAAAACAAGAUGAUUAAAAGAAUAUAUAUAUUAUUGGAUA